GUCACUCACCGACCACCACCACCAGACCUCCAAACCUCGCACGGAUUUCUCGAUUUGAUGUGAUCAAAUUUUAUCAUAUAAAAAUGUAUUGUUUAUAUUUUGAUUUUUAUUUGAUUUCACGUUUCUUAUAUCAUUAAUUACUGUCAUCAUUUUCAUAAAGUUAAUUCAUAAAAACAGUAUUUAUAAUAGUUUUUAAACAAACAGUGUUCUCAAAGUGUAAAUGUUUACUACAAAUUACAGUGUGGAUUGGAUAUUUUAUUGACAAUUAAAGUGUUACUAUUAUUUAUAUAUAUCGUCGUUAGUCGGACUAGAAAUUAAACAAUUUUUAAUAACUUAUGACAUAACUAUUAAAUUAAUCAAAAAAAAAAAUUAAUAAGAAAUUAUUUUUCAUUAAUUGAAUGUCAUAUGUGAAGAUUAGACGUGGUAUAUUUAACGUUGAUUUUAUACGAAUGUCGUCGACCUACACCUGACACACGACAACCGAGAAAUACUCGAUCGAUUCAUGGUAAAUCUUUAUGUAUCACGAACCGAACGAGCAUUUCUCUAAUAAUAACAAAUAACACUAAAUAUAAAAUAAUAAUAAACAAAUACAAAGUAAAGUGUAUCUUAAAAUGUAAUGGAAGUGCCUUUGACAUUUGCUACCUAAUUCCCUAUUACUGGGAUCUCUUACUAAGAAACUUUUAAGUGAAAAUUAUAAUACUAAUUGUCAAUUGUUAUUUUUUUUAAUUAAAAAUUUUUGAAUUACUUGAUUUAAUAAGCUCCAAAGUACGUGUGAGUGAUUAAAAUUGUUGGCAUUAACAGUGAUGUGUUUGAAUUUUACUUGAAUCACGAAAUAUUAACGUGUUUUCAUUUUGGAUAUCAGGAUAUGACAUUUAGUACAAGAUGCCCAGCACUAUAAGAGCACAGAUCGAGAUAAUCCCCUGCAAAGUUUGCGGCGACAAAAGCAGCGGUGUACACUACGGUGUAAUAACCUGCGAGGGUUGCAAAGGUUUCUUCAGGAGGUCACAGUCAUCAGUCGUAAAUUACCAGUGCCCGAGAAACAAAAAUUGUGUGGUAGAUCGUGUCAACAGAAACCGGUGUCAGUAUUGCCGGUUACAAAAGUGCCUGCGACUUGGCAUGUCCAGAGAUGCCGUUAAAUUUGGACGUAUGUCAAAGAAGCAAAGGGAGAAGGUUGAGGAUGAGGUGAGGUUUCAUAGAGCGCAAAUGAGAGCAGCUUCAGAAACAGCACCAGAUAGCAGCGUCUUUGAACAUCAAACUCCAAGCAGUUCAGAUCAACAUCACUCUUAUAACGGCGGCUACACGUACGGGGGCAGUGAAUACGCAUCUCCUGGUCCUGGAACUGGAGGAUCUGGAUAUUACAAUCAUCAGGCAAUAACUAAUUACGAACUGAGUGCCGAUUACGUCGAUAGUACAACUGCUUACGAUCCAAGACCAACCCAACAAGUCGAUCCAGUUGCUCCUGACACACCUUCCGUUACGGCUACUGGAGUGAUGGCCAGUGUCGUCAACACAGGAAAAUCUUUGUCUGCAUCAACAACUGGGAGCGGCAACACCAGUGGAAAUAGUGCCGGAGCAGGAGGAGGAGGAGGAGGAGGAGGUGGUGGUGGUACUGGUGGUGGUGGUGGUGGUGGUGGUAACGGUGGCGGAGGAAGUAGUAGUGGUAAUAGUAGUAAUAAUAACGGUAACGGGAGUAACAGUAAUGGGGGUGGCGGUUCCGGAAGCGGAUCUAUAAGUGGCGGAGGAAUAGUUGCCGUAAAGCAAGAAACGACGAUUGAGCUUGCUAACCUUGGUCACGGCUCUUACACGAUGGUCGACUCAACGACGUUCCUCAGCAAUCAACAGCAGAGAGUCAACAAUCCUACGGAUGAUGACGAAGUUCAUAAUCUGCCCAGUAUGUCUCAUGCAAGAUAUUCAACAGAAAUAAAUGAGUUGUUAUCAAAAACGAUAGCAGAUGCUCAUUCGAGAACGUGUUUAGUCUCGACAGAUCAAAUUCAAGAGUUGUUUCACAAGCCUCAUGAUCUUUCCAAGCUGAUCUACUACAAAAAUAUGGCACAUGAACAAUUGUGGCUCGAGUGUGCACAAAAAUUGACUACAGUUAUCCAGCAAAUUAUCGAAUUUGCCAAAAUGAUCCCCGGAUUCAUGAAACUUUCACAGGAUGAUCAAAUUGUCCUUCUCAAAGCUGGUUCAUUUGAAUUGGCUGUGCUACGUAUGAGCAGGUACCUAGAUCUUACACAAAACUGUGUAUUGUACGGUGAUACAAUGCUACCGCAGGAUGCCUUUUACACAACCGAUACAGCUGAGAUGAAACUUGUAUCCUGCGUAUUUGAACUUGCGAGAAGUGUUGCUGAGCUUAAACUUACUGAAACUGAACUUGCACUUUACAGUGCAGUAGUUCUUCUCAGUCCUGAUCGACCAGGUUUGAAAGGUCAAGCAGACAUCACAAAGCUAUCACAAGCAGUGAUCGCAGCCUUAAGGUCUCAACUAAAUCGAAAUCAUGUAGCGCCCAUCAAAGGUGAUGUAACGGUAUGCGAUGCGAUGCUUGCAAAGAUACCCCAACUAAGAGAAAUCUCGCUUCUUCACAUGGAUGCUCUCGCUAAGUUCAAACGGUCACAGCCACAUCUAGAAUUUCCGGCCCUCCAUAAAGAAUUAUUCAGUGUCGAUAGCUGAACGGCUGACACAGAACAGAGCGAUCCGACGUUAACAGAUGAUAUGGAAAGCGAAUGAUAUGGGAUCUUGCUCUGUUUAAAUUAUUUCCUUCGUAUUGAACAUAUUGGGCCUUACGUAAACAUAACAUUGUUAUAUAUA